AUGCCUUCCUGGACCGCUGAGAACGACCUCAAGCUCGCUUCUGCGAUCAUUGCGCUUCAUCAAGUCAAAGUGAGCAAAGACGAUUGCGAGCGCCUGGCUACAAUCAUUGGUGAAGACUGUACCGCCAAAGCUAUCACCCAUCGCGUAGCAAAAUUCAGAGAGGCUGCUACGAAGCUUGGGCUGGCGGGUGGUGGUGAUGCUGCUGCUGCUGCUGCUGCUGCUGCGACUCCUGGCACGCCGGCUACGGGAAAGAAACGCGCACGCAAGACCAAGGGCGACGAGGACCAGGACGGUGAUGGAGUACCUGCUACACCAACCAAGAAACCACGAACCCCAAAGACUAAAAAGAGCUCAGCGGUUGCCAAGGAUGAUGUGGAGCAGGAAGAGGAGAGGGUCAAAGAAGAGCCACUCGAUGAGGAGCAGCUCCAAGCCGACGCUUGA